AUGGUGAUCUAUCUUACAGCCGACGGUUCUUGGGUCUUUGAAUUAGGACCGGUGGCGUGGGUGGUGUUGCCCUUGGCAGCAGCCCUGGGCCCGUUGACCCAAUUCACCAAUGGCAACCUGGAACAGACGCGCGCCAUCCGUGCUCUAUUUGUAAUGCCUCCGAAGCGGGCGUCGGUCACAAUUAGCGGCGAUUGGUCGCGGCGCGGAUCGGACGCGCACGGCCGCGCUUCCCAUAGCCACCUGCGGCUCCCGUACACUGUCAACUCGGUCGGCUUUAAU